AUGUCUGCUGUACGAGACUUUGAGCAGUCUCGCGGCCGAUCUGCGACUGGCGCAACUCUACCUAUCCCCCUUUCACCAAUAUCUUCACCAACAUCUCGCGACAACCCCACGUUCGACCGCCGGGCAAGUACCUUCUCACGACGCUCAACGGGAAGCGUCAGGUUUCGACAUCCCUCGAGAGCCCAAACGGUCACCGCCUACCAUGAGCCCCAGGAUAGCGAACCGGUAUGGCAGCCUGGAGCAGAGCCUGGAAUCGACACAUCCGCCACCGACGAGCUUGUGCCACCAGAGAUUACCUCACUCAAGGCCGAGUGCGAGAUCAACAUCGUCGAUUUUUCCGACAUCGACGUUCGUCACAUUCGGGCAGACAACGACAGUAUAGCCCAAGUCCUGGACGACCGAAGACCUGACAACAUGCCAUGCCGGUGGAUCUCGGUUAACGGCCUGAGCUGGGAUGUGAUCCGAUGCUUGGGCAACAAGUUCAACCUGCACCGACUCGCCAUCGAGGAUAUGGUACAUACUCACGGCCGGACGAAGGUCGACUGGUACGCUGACCAUGCUUGCGUCAUCUUGACUCUCCAAAAGCUUGUGCUCCUCCACCAGUGCAAUAGAGGCCACCGCGGCGACUGCGACUGUCCCGACGCAGACCUCGACCAUUAUGGAAGACCCCAUCGAAGGAAACCAUGGGAAUUUAGAUCGUCGAAGGCGAAAAAGCGACAGAACAGCGAACUACCGUAUUACCUCGAUAAGGACGGGGACGGCAAAGUCGACGAGUUUGUUAACGCACAUACUGGCGUCUCGACGAGUGCACCGAUCAAGCAGGUACGGACCCUGCAUCGCUACGAGAGUGGUAAGAUACCCGAGCACACUGCGUGGAUGGAGAGGCAUUCUACCCUUGCGUCGGAGAACCUCUCGGUCAGUGUUGAGCAAGUGGCGAUAUUCUUGCUCGCAGACAAUACCGUCAUCUCCUUCUUCGAGCAGUCGGCCGAAGAUGUGGAGGGCCCGAUCAGAGACCGUCUGCAAAGCACGGAGACAAUCUUGCGAUGGAGCUGCGAUGCAUCGCUACUCCUCGAGGCCAUCAUCGACGCCAUUGUGGACUUGGCCGUGCCGGUCAAGGAUGCCUAUAACAAGGCCCGCAAGGAGCUUCAAGUCGACGCUCUAAUCAACCCGAACAUCAAGACUUCGCGGAGUCUGCACAUCUUUGGAGAGGAAAUCGACAUGCUGCAGAAUCUCUUCAAGCCAAUGGUCCAUCUCGUCAAUGCCCUCCGAGACCACCAGUCAGAGCCGGUGGGACCCGGGGUCGCGCAAGUCCCUCAAAUGCCGAAGUUGGAAAUCCAGGAACCGUCGCCAUCUAGGAGUGAGAAAACACCGCGCGACAGAGAAGGAGCGCCAACUUACAGUCGCAAGACUUCCGAGUUCCGCAAACCCGGCCCUCUGCGACGGAUGGAGACGGCGAAUAGUGUUGCCAUCUCCCCGUUAGCGCACACGUAUUUCGGCGACGUGCUGGAUCACUGCAUCACCAUCAUCCAGGCGCUCGAGCAGAUGGACGCUUCUGCCACCAACAUCUCGACCCUCAUCUUCAAUACCGUUGGCGCCAAGACGAACAACUUCAUGAUGAUCCUCGCGAUAGUCACGGUCUUCUUCUCGCCCUUGACUUUCAUCUCUGGCUACUUUGGCAUGAACUUUUCAAACGGCGACGGAUUGAACCACGACUUCUCUUUCUUCUGGAUCAUUGCGAUGCCAUGUUUGGUGGUCUUCAUGCUCAUAGUGUUUGCUACAAUGCUCUGGGGUAACAUCGUGGACUUUAUGAGCAAACGGGGUAUCCGGGCACAUCGACAUCGGCGGAAUGCUACAAGGAGGGCACGUGGGUACUUUUAG